UAAAAAAUAAUUGCUUUUGUUUUUUUUUCUACUUUCGUUUAGAAUUAAGUGAUAAGUUUUAAGUGCGUCGGCGCGACGUCGAGAAAUGCAACGAUAAACUAAUACUAUUGAAAAAUGCAGCUAUACAAUUUAGUCCAGCGCUAAUCGUUUUCAAGGCAUCAUUGCCGUUUUCAAAUCUUGUAAAUUGGAAAAAUUUUUUUUUAAAUAUGAAAAAUUUAAAAAGUGUCAAAGUGUUGUUAAUUUUUUGAAAAAAAACCGGAAAACGUUUUUUUAACAGAAUUUUUUGAAAAUAUGACGAUAGACUGAAGGAAAUAAAUAUUUGAAUAAACCGCGGGAGUCAUCAUGGUUGAUAAAUUACACGAAUAUCAAGGAUUCACUGGACGAAUUCAUGGAAUACGUGAUAGUGUGAAAAACAAAUGGGAAUCGUGGAAAGAGUGGAAAAGUGAAAUUCCCACCGAUAAGGGGGUGGAGGGUAUUUUAAAUCACCUUCGAGGACCACCGAAACUCGAGAGAACACUCGAUGAUUAUUCACAUAUUUAUAGGAGGAAAACUCGAGGUGAAUUGGUUAGAAUAUCGGCUGCAGUGAUGGGCAUUGAAUUCUCAUAUGCAGCCGAGACGGCUUUUGUGUCACCAACUUUAUUGAAAAUCGGUGUUGCUCAUCAGCACAUGACCUUGGUGUGGGCGUUAAGUCCUCUCCUUGGCUUCUUUGUGACCCCAAUUCUAGGAAGCGUUAGCGAUCGUUGUAAAUUGAAAUACGGCAGAAGAAGGCCUUUUAUAUUAUUGCUGGCCGUUGGCGUUUUUAUAGGACUAAUCCUUGUACCAAAUGGCGAAGGAAUUGGCUAUUCCCUUGGUGAUGGACCAAAAAUAUUGGCACAAAAUCAAUCUGUCGCCUUGGGACACAGGACAAGUGGAAAAAUUUCCAAAGAAGAAAAUUCACCUGCUGUGAUAUCGCCCCAUCCGUGGGGAAUAUUUUUUACAAUUUUGGGAACUGUUUUACUUGAUUUUGACGCCGAUGCUUGUCAGAGUCCAGCGAGAGCGUACCUUCUAGACGUCACAGUUCCUGAGGAUCAUGCUAGAGGUUUAAGUACAUUUACCAUAAUGGCUGGAUUGGGUGGUUUCAUGGGCUAUGGCUUGGGCGGAAUAAAUUGGGACGCAACUGCAAUUGGCGUUGCUUUGGGAGGACAUUUGCAUGCAACAUUUACGCUUAUUACUAUUAUUUUUAUUAUCUGCGUCUCUUUCACUAUCACGAGCUUUAAGGAAAUACCUCUUGAACUUUUGGACAGUGAUCAAGGACUCAAAAUGCAUGAACAAAAAAUGAAUGAAGCCCGAGAAGCGAAUGAGAGCGAAAAAAUAACGACCGAAGAAAACGUUUCUUAUGGAACUUUAAAUGAAAAUCAAAAUAAUGGAAAAUCUGACGAUUUAACACCUGAAGAAGUUCCACAAGUGGAAGAAGUUAAGAAGCGAGUUGGCACUGUACCCAUAAUACCGGAAGUGCCGCCUCCGCCACCGCAAUCACAAAUUAAUUCACAGUCUGGAUUAGAGGAAAAUUCAGAGGGAAAUCCAAAAGUUUCAUUAAAGGAAUAUCUUGCCUCAAUUUUGUAUAUGCCACACAGUCUACGAAUGGUUUGUUUAACAAAUCUUUUCUGUUGGAUGGCCCACGUUUGUUAUUCACUCUAUUUCACUGAUUUUGUCGGUGAAGCUGUCUAUGGCGGUGAUCCAAAGGCACCUGAAGGUAGUAAAUCAAGAGAAUUGUAUGAAUACGGUGUUCGAUUUGGAUGUUGGGGGAUGUCAAUGUAUUCUUUAUCAUGUUCCUGUUAUUCACUAAUUAUUGAGAGGCUAAUUAAGCGUUUCAAGGCAAGAAAUGUUUAUAUUUGCGGUUUACUCUUCUACAGUGUUGGAAUGAUGUUAAUGGCAUUAACAAAACAUCCAGUUGGAGUAAUUGUCUUCUCAUGGGCAGCUGGUGUUAUGUAUUCAACACUAUUUACAAUGCCAUAUUUAUUAAUCGCACAUUAUCAUGCAUCUUCCACGUUUGCUGUCAAUGCAGAAGGUGAAGCGAUACAAAGUGGUGAGGUGCGAGGUUUAGGAACGGACGUUGCAAUUGUUUCUUCUAUGGUAUUUUUGGCACAAUUUAUUCUCUCGUGUGCCCUUGGAUCCAUAGUAAGUUUGUCAGGAACAACCACAGCUGUUGUGGGUGUUGCAAGUUCUUUGGCUGCUUGUGGAGCAUUGUCAGCCACUCAAAUUAUGUAUUUAGAUCUUUAAUUAUCCGCAAAACAAAUUAUAAACCGUUAAGAAAAAUGACAAACAGUAAAAAAAAAAAAAAUAUAAACAAAAGAAGCUAAUGACAAAACAAAAA